GGAUACAGUCAUUACAUUCAAGUUGCAUAUUUUGGUGGAAAAUGUUUAAAAACUACCAAGAUUAAAGAAUUGCCCUCCUACUACUGCACACUCCACACACUGGCUUAUUGCAACAUCGCCAGUGAAAGUACCUGUGUGUGUAUGUACAGUGUGUGUGUGUGUGUGUGUGCACGUGUGUGUAUAUGCACGGUUGUGUGUUUGCUUGCACAAGACAUUUUUUGCCGUAAGGAUGUGGUUUACCGAGUGCAACAACUCUAUGCCGGAAGCCUAUCAAGUCAAACAAUCCACUGCUUUUUGCUCUCUCUCUCUGUCACAGUGAGGCACUCAGUCUCUGCCCUGUGAGCCAAAACCCUUCAGUGUUUCUCAUUGUGUUGUUCGCAGCUGUUACCAUGUUUCCUAGGGUGAUUUUGAAGGCGACUAUGAUCAAAAAAUCUCAGCAAAAGAAAAGAACAUCACCUUGUAACUACAAGGAGAGAUUGUUUGUAUUGGAUACCCAAGACCUGAAGUAUUCUGAACGUCGUUCGGGGAAAAAGCCUAUGAUGAAAGGUUGCAUCGAGCUGUCCAGGAUUAAGUGUGUGGAGAUUGUGUGUACUGACGUCCCUAUACCAUGCAACUUUAAGUACCCUUUUCAGGUUUUUCAUGACAACCAUUACCUCUACAUUUUCGCCCCAGACAAUGAUUGCCGUCAGAGAUGGGUCAGAGCUCUCAAAGAGGAGACAAAGAAUAACAAUUUGGUGACAAAAUACCACCCAAACUUCUGGAUGGAAGGAAAAUGGAGGUGCUGCCAGCAAACAGAGAAAUUGGCGACAGGUUGUCAUGUGUAUGAUCCAGUGGGUUAUGCUUCUAAGAAGCCACUCCCUCAACUCCCGGAUCCAGAGAUGGAACUGCAUGAUGGAGGACAGAGGAUGGUCAUCGCUCUGCAAGACUACGCACCGCUGGGCGACGACGACUUGCCUCUUCAGAAAGACCAGGAAUAUGUCCUGGUUAAAAGCACUCACCCUGACUGGUGGGCUGUGCAGGACAGCCAGGGGAACACAGGCUAUGUGCCCAGUACUUACGUAGCUGAAAAAUCUGGCAAGAAUUUUGAGAGAUUUGAAUGGUACAACAAAAACAUAACCAGAGGGGAAGCAGAAGAUUUGUUAAUGAAAGAGGGAAAAGAAGGUUCAUUCAUGGUGCGUGACUCAAGGCAGGCUGGAGUCUACACAGUGUCAGUCUUCACCAAAGCACCAGGAUCUAAUGGGGAGAAGAAUCCGAGGGUGAAACAUUACCAGAUCAGACAAACAGAAACGGGCGAGGGCCCAUUUUACUUGGCAGAGAAGUACCUGUUCAGCACCAUUCCUGAGCUCAUCCAUUACCAUCAACACAAUGCUGCCGGCCUGAUAACGCGUCUGAGACACCCUGUCUCUCUAGAUGGAGGCUGCUCCCAGGACAUUGUUGAUCUCUCUACAGCAGAUCAGUGGGAAGUGGACCCUGAGGAGCUGACCCUGGGUCAGGAGAUAGGCAGCGGUCAGUUUGGGCUGGUGCUGGAGGGGAGAUGGAGGGAGACAAAGGUGGCAGUGAAGAUGAUAAGAGAGGAGUGCAUGUCAGACGAGGACUUUAAAGAAGAGGCAAGAGUCAUGAUGAAAUUGUGCCACUGUAAGCUGGUUCAGCUCUACGGCGUGUGCACCCAGGGUUCUCCCAUGUGUCUUGUGUUUGAGUUCAUGGAAAACGGCUGCCUGUCGGACUACUUGAAAGACAGGAAAGGGCGUUUGUCCCAGGACACGAUGUUGGGGAUGUGUCUGGAUGUCAGUGAGGGGAUGGCUUAUCUGGAGAGCUCCAACUUCAUCCACAGAGAUCUGGCUGCCAGGAACUGUCUUGUUUCAAAGAACAAUGAGGUGAAGGUGUCUGAUUUUGGCAUGACCAGAUUUGUUCUUGAUGAUCAGUACACAAGCUCCCAGUGCUCCAAGUUCCCUGUCAAGUGGUCAGCCCCAGAGGUCAUCAAAUACUGCAAGUUCAGCAGCAAGUCUGACGUCUGGUCAUUCGGCGUGCUCAUGUGGGAGGUGUACAACGAGGGACGUCUUCCCUAUGAGAACCGCACUAAUGCUGAGGUGGUGGAGUCCCUGAACAAAGGCCUGAGGCUCCUGAAGCCCCGCUUGGCCCCAGAUUCUGUCCACUUGCUGAUGGAGUGGUGCUGGAAGGAGAAACCAGAAGAUCGUCCAUCCUUCGCUAUCCUCCUACAUGAGCUGGCCUCCCUCUCAGACCUGUGAACCAACAUCAAAUCUGUGGAUGACAAUUUUAAAAAUAGCUUUAUUUAUUUAAUUUAUUAACUCAGUUACCUACUGCUUGUCAAAUGUGUGUGAAUUUCUUUCAUCCAGUCAUUAUCAUUAAGAUGAAUAUAAGAGACAAGACCAUUUUCAGUCCCUGGAUAUUGCACUUUAUCUGUUUCAUACUUCUAUAUACAAACCUGAGAAUACAGCCCAUUCACACAGCUACAUAUACUGUAACUAUUCUAAAGAAAUCUCAGUAUAUUAAACAGGGUGAGAUGGUACUGUUUUGUAAUUAAAUGUUCAACAUGUUUAA